UGUAACGUAACCCCGCCCCAGUCCGGCCUGGAUCGUCUCUGGUGUCCACUACCCAGACAGUCUGCUCUUGUUCAAAGCUUUCAUCAAUCAUCACAGUGGAGCGUAAUCGGCCUUAGCUGCGUCACCCAUCGCCGUCGAUCUUUAAUGUCUCGGCUUGAACGCCGCGAUUCUGAAUCGAGACGCCACCGGUCUCGAUUUGAUGAAGAACCUAGCCCAAAGAGAUCUAGGCGGGAAAGUAAACCAGAAACUGAGAGGCACCUUACUGACAAUACUUCAGAUGGUAGAAAGAAUUUAGUUCUGGAGCGAAAUAAUCAGCUUCAACCGAAAGAUGAUGCACAUCGUGGUUCCCCCUCUAGACAGGACAAUAAUAGGACAGAAAAAGCUGCAAGAAAAGUUUCUGAACAGAAAAGGGAUGUUCAAACUGAAGGAGCAAAACAUUCUUUUAGCCCAAAGAGAUCUUUCCGAGAUAGUAAACCAGAAACUGAGAGGACUCAUAGCAGUAGUGCUUCAGAUGGCAGAAAUUUUUUAGACCAGGAGCAAAAAAAACAGCUUCACUUGCAUGGUGAUGUGCACCUUGAUGCCUCUUCUAGACAGGACUACAGGACCGAAAGAGCUUCAAGAAAACUAUCUGACCAGAAAAGGGAUGCACACAUUGAAGGAACGAAACACUCUGUUAGCCCAAAGAGAUCCUCACGAGGUAGUAAACCGGAAAAUGAGAGACAUCAUACUAUCAAUACUUCAGAUGUUAGAAACAAAUCAGAUCAGGAGCGAAAACCCCCACUCCAGCUGGUAUCUGACCACAAAAGGAAUGUUUACAUUGAAGGAAUUAAACAUUCUCUUAGCCCGAAGAGAUCUACAGGAGGGAGUAAACCAGAAAGUGAGAGACACCUUACAAACAAUACUCCAGAUGUUAGAAAAAAAUCAGACCAGAAGCGAAAACCUCCGCUUCAACCUGUGUCUGAUCAGAAAAAGGAUGUUCACAUUGAAGGAACUAAACAUUCUCUUAGCCCGAAGAGAUCUACACGAGGUAGUAAACCAGAAACAGAGAUGCAACUUACCAACAAUGCUUUAGAUGUACUUCCAGGUGCCCCUUCCAGGCAUGACUACAAGACAGAAAAGGAUGCAAGAAAAGUAUCUGACCACAAAAAGGAUGUCCGCAGUGAAGGAGUGAAACACUCUUCUGAUCUAUCAGAAUUAUCUCAGCAUCGAUCUGUUAAGCGUUCUUUUGACCCAGUAGAAGUACCCCGCUCUCAGUCAUACUUUCAGCAUGACGAACGCGGUAAUGCUAGGCAAGCUGGUCGAAGUUCAAGGCGCAUGGAUCCUGAUGAGCAUGGUCAAAGGAGAGAAUCCAAGGAGCAGGCGAACAGGAAAACAAAUAAUGUUGAUACACCCGUGGGUCAAAAACCCAAACUUCAAGAAAAAGAAAAUGAUGCUUGGCAACAUGAUGGGUACUUUGAAUUGGAGGCAAACCCGAAACCACCUGCAAAGAAAAGGUCAUUUAAGGAGCAAAAAAUAUCAGUUGAUCUUGAGAAAGCCGACAAAGAAGAAACUGAGCCAGCUAAGCACAACUCCUCCAUUCGAGAUGUAUAUCAUGCUGUUGAUAGAAGAAGUGAAAGAAGCAGCGAUGUUUCCCAUCCUAGAGACCAAUCCGAGAAGCAAUUUGCCCGGGAAAGGGAGUCAAACAUGGGUGGGGCAUGGAGGGGGAGGUUUCCUUCACAAAGAGACAGGCCGUACCAUGACAGCAGAAGCCUUAGGGGAAGAGACACAUUCAUUUCUAAACCAGAUUAUCGUCCAAAUAAGACUGUUGAUAAGUGGAAGCAUGAUCUUUUUUCUGAAGCCAACAAGAGUCCACCUCCACAGAGUGAAGAAGAUCGGAUUGCCAAAAUUGAAGCGCUCCUGGCUUCAUAAUCCCCCCAUCUGUUACUCUCCUUCCAAGACUGUGUUUGUUUUGCACCCCUUUUCUUUCGAGUUUUAUUUCAAGAAAUUAUUCUGUAGGCCAAAACGGCGUUUUUAUUCAGGUUCAUUCACCAAUUGGCUGAGACUUGUCCAUCACGAUUUUUUUUCUAAUUGCUGAAUCGUGUACCAUGUUGGGGUAAUACUGAUAGCAGGUAUCUAUCAGUUCCAUGUAUAUGUGUGUACGUCUGUUUCUAUGAACAGAGUAUUUGCUCCUGAAGGUGGUGCUGCAUCUGGGCAACUACCUCGAACUCUAGAAGAGUGAGUGAAUGCGUUAUUUUGCGGAAACUAGUAGAUGUUAUCCAAAAUCACAACUGUAUUUGCUAUAUUUGUAAAGUUUGGUGUGAUUGUGGUGGUGAAUGGUAAGGCUGAACAGGGAUGUCGGUAAGUCUCUCAUAGGUCUACGCUCACCGCUAGUUUGGUAAUUCUUUUUAUCUGCAAAGGCUUAUAAGAAUAAGUUCUUCCAGCCCAUUCGGAUAUUUUAUACGGGCUAUGCCAUUGAUGUUAAAAGUAUUUAAGAUUAUCAUGCUCAAUAAAGUUGGAAGUGAACUAGAUUUACCGGACUACGG